CUUCCACAUUUUUUUCCCUUCCUAUCGCAGAAGGCAAAACGAAACCCCUCCGGCCCUCCCCAUUCCCGUUCCCGUACAGGUCAUCAAAGAAAUCCGAAAACCAACCGACCCAACCAAAAUCCCCUCGCCGCCUCGCCCCGUCCCGUCCCGUCCCUUCUCGUCGCGCGGCCGCCUCAAUCUCGAAGCCUCCAACGCCGCCGCUCAAUCUCGAAGCCUCCGGAGAAAAAAAUUCUAGGGCUUUCGCGUCGUCCGUCGCCAUGGGCUCGAAGAAGCGGUCGCCCCAGCAUCCCGCCUCCCCAGUCGCCGGCGAGGUAGCCGGCGACGUCGGCGCCCCUCCACCGGCGGGGAAGGCCGCGCCGGAGACGGCGCCGGUGGGGGUGGUGCCGAGGCCUCCGGACGUGGCGCCGUUCCUGACCAAGGUCUACGACAUGGUCUCCGACCCGGCGACCGACGCGGUCAUCUCCUGGGCCGCUGGCGGCGGCAGCUUCGUGAUCUGGGACUCGCACGCCUUCGAGCGCGACCUGCUGCCGCGGCACUUCAAGCACAACCACUUCACCAGCUUCAUACGCCAGCUCAACACCUAUGGAUUUCAUAAAGUCGAUCCUGAUAGAUGGGAAUGGGCUAAUGAAGGUUUUGUUAAGGGCCAAAAACAUCUUCUAAAGACCAUCAAGAGAAAGAAGAAAUCCGCUCAGGAUGCGCCUAGUGAUCUGCAGCCGGCACCUGUCAAAACUGCGCCUGGCACUGAAAAUAUUGAAAUAGGAAAAUAUGGAGGUCUUGAAAAGGAGGUUGAAACCCUUAAGAGAGAUAAAGCCCUUCUAAUGCAGCAGCUAGUAGAUCUCAGGCAGUACCAGCAAUCGUCUAGCCUUGAAGUGCAGAAUUUAAUUCAACGUCUUCGUGUGAUGGAACAGAACCAGCAGCAGAUGAUGGCACUUUUGGCAAUAGUUGUCCAGAAUCCAAAUUUCCUCAAUCAGCUGGUGCAGCAACAGCGCAGGAGUAAUUGGUGGAAUGAUGAUGGGAGCAGAAAAAGGAGAUUCCGUGCUCUGGAACAGGGUCCUGUGGCUGAUCAGGAGACUUCUGGUGCAAGCGCACAAAUUAUACAGUACAAUCCUCCCAUUCCUGAAACCCCCAAUCAAGUAAUUUCAGUAAAUGGAACUUUUUCUUCAGCUACUGCACAACCAGUUUCAAGCCCUGAAAGUGCUGUGCCCAUGGAUGCAGAAACAACUUCUAACAGUGUAGAUCUUCUGGCUUCAUCUGGGCACCUUUUUACUAACACCUCUGCUCUAUCUGACUGGGAUGAUAUGCUUCUUGGUUGCGAAAUAGAAGACAUUCUUCCAUCAGAGCAGGACUUUCAGAUGGGAGAACAACAGAAUGGUCAAGUGGAGGCUCCGUUGACUGUCGAUGAUUACACUGAGUACACCGUUUGUCAAAUUCCACAGUUGGAGCAGGAGCAGCAGCUGCAGGACUGUCAAAUGGAAGCACAACAGAGCCACAAAAAUCCUCAAUAUGCUGACAUCAUAAGUAAAGCAUGAGUGAUGGUCAAGGAGCACAUCAUCCAGUGACAUUAGAUUUGUGAUGUGCGAGUCUUGAAACCGGCGUGUUUUGCCAGGUGGCUACCGUUGACUACCAUUGGCAACCUGAAGACGUUUGAAGUGCUAGAAUUCAGUAUACUUGUACUAUACUAAAUCAAAGACACAUGUUGACCACAGGAAUUUCUUUUUCCUUGUUCGCUGGUUCAAGGCUGUAGGACAGGGAUUUUGUUUUUGCCCCAACUUUCUUUGUCCUAGCUACAUGGAUAGCACAAGGUAGCAUCGAUCAUCUGUCGUAUUGGAUUUAUAUACACGAAGAGCAAUUUUGAAUACAUUAUUUUAGUCCGAUGCGUAUUCCAGGUC